AUGUCUGAAUUUCUGCAACGAAAUGAACGUCCUGCGACUAUUGAUAUGAUUGAUGUAUAUGGCCCUUUUGCUGCUAAUCCGCGUGUUCGUACUGUGCAGCUAUGUAAUGAACAGAUUGCCUUUGAAAUUAUGGCAACACCAUCUAAUUCUGAUGACUUUGUAAUUGUCUUUCUUAAUGUCAAUCAUAUAGUAAGUAUUGAAACGCAACUCAAUGUGCUAUUCACGUUUGAUGGUGACUAUUCGUACUACGAAAAGUUUCGCGAUGUUGAUGAAUGCGUUGAUUUUAUUUCUUCGUUUAAGUAUGAAAAAGUUUUUUAA